CAUUAUCCUCCAUUUUCUAUGCAGGCCUAGUUCAAUCUUUCCAGGAUUCCUGUUGUAAACAUACUGUUCAUAUAAGAAUUUGUCAUGGAUCAUGGGAAAUCAGUCAUUAAAACAAGACAAACGUGUGAACCCCAUAUGAGAAUGAAGAGUAGGCUUAACUUAUUCAAAUUACAAAUGUUCCCUCUUAAUUUUUGUUUAUGAUAGACGAUCAAUUUACUUCUCUCCCACCCACCCCACACCUCCACAUCAUCAUCUCUGCACGACCAUCACCUCACCUUGUCACUAUCAUGGACCUCUAUCUACCCAGCACAGAACCCGGACUUACCCUGCAAGAAAUGAUAGACUGCGAUAUUAAAUGUGGUAUUGACUUUAAUGAAGGACUUGAUAGUAUGAUAACAUCAUCAGAUUUAAACUCUUUAGACCUCUCAGGAAUGUCAUCUUUAGAGGCCGAGUUAGACUUAAAGUCAUUUGAACCUUUAUUUGACCCCCUGGAGAAACUUGAAGAUAUGGAUGUCACUGAUGAUCAUACAGCUGAAGAGCUAAAUGUCGUUAAUUCGUGGAUGAAUAUGUCAUCGAUGAGCAAUUACAAUUUAGACUUGGAAAAUAGUGUUAUGGUUAAUCCCUCUGCUGUUUUGCCAACAACUCUUCCUUCUCGCAGUAUAAGACAAGAACCCUCUGUAACGCCGAGUUGUUCUAUUUCAAGUACAACAACUACUCCUACUUUAUAUAUUAAGACAGAACCCCAACCAGCUGCUACCACUUCUGUACAGACCCCUCAUUCACAGGCAGCUACAAGUGGAACGGUAACCACGCAAGUUACAGUAAUGCGACCACAGACAACUGUCGGUCAAAUGGUACGCCAACAGAAUGCUAUGGUAUCGGCUCAGUCAACAACUCUCUCCUCACCUCGACCUACCAUUGUGACUAGACCCACCAUGGCCACACCUCAGAUGGUUGUACAAACAACUCAACGCACUGCCCCCCAACAACUUAAUGUAGCUUCUACUGCAGCAACUACAACGCCUACCACAACACCCAUUAUCACUGCACGCACCACAACCCCCCACACAGUUCUUAACAAUAGGUACAAGAGUGCAGGUAAACCACGAAAGGAUCUUCGGCCAGAGGAGAGAGUAUUUCCUAAGCCUGCCUAUUCAUACUCGUGUCUCAUUGCCCUGGCACUAAAGAACAGCACAACUGGCAGCUUACCUGUAUCAGAAAUUUACAGCUUUAUGUGUGAGCACUUCCCCUACUUUCGGACAGCUCCUAAUGGUUGGAAGAACUCUGUUCGGCAUAACCUUAGUCUCAACAAGUGUUUUGAGAAGAUUGAAAAACCAGUUGUGGCUGGCAGUAACCAGCGCAAAGGUUGCUUAUGGGCACUGAAUCCUGCCAAGGCUCAUAAAAUGGAUGAAGAAGUUCAAAAGUGGAGCAAGAAAGAUCUCCAAGGAAUAAAAGAUGCAAUGGCAUAUCCAGAAGUGCUGGAGGCAUUAGAGCGAGGGGAAAUGAAAUUUGAGUCAAAUGGAGGAGUGUCAUCAUGUAGCGAAGAUGAAGAUGAAGACGAAGAAAUUGAUCCUCUGGCAAUUGACUCUCCUUCCACCCCUACAGUUGGGACAAUGAAGAUACUAAAUACUCUUACUUCAACCAUCGUAACUUCCAAUCAGAGGGGAGGCCAAACCAUUGUCAGUAAUCAGCACAUCAGACAGUCGGUGCAAAAUGGUCGCAUCCCUAUAUCCACAAGUGUUGCCCAGUCUGCCUCUACCCAUACCAAUGCUCGGUCUUCAUUUACAACUCAGUCAUUAAAGCGUAACUGUGUUACCUCUUCUGAAGAGCCCGAGUACAUCCUUCCAGAUUCAACCAUGACAGAAAUUAGUCUGCAGUCCAAUGGUGCUUUGGUUGAUGAUCUUGGAAAUGAAAUCAAGAUAGAGGGAGAGACGUCCAUCCACGCAAAUCACUCUCCACGUGGCCUGGUUGUUCGUAAGCUACCAGGUGUAACUCCACUCAGGUCUGCCACUGUGCGUGCCAACUAUGUGUACACGCCAACAAUCUCAUCUCCUCAUCAGCAGCAUACCCUAAAUAGACUUGUCCUUACCAAUGGCAAGUUGUCAUAGUUAGUUGACAUUUUUGCUCUAUUUAAUACAUGGCAUCUUUUUCAUUUAUACAUCAUCCUUAAAAGGGUCUAUUUUUCCUUCGUUCAUCCUAAAAUUAUUUGAUUGUUCUCCCUCAGAGUAAAUCUGAAGUGUGGUUGAGAGUAGUUUAGUGUACUUGAUUAUCCUAAAUAAUGAAAGUAUUAGAAGUUUCAAUUAUUGUAGACAUUAUUAGAAUGUACAUUUCUUUUAGUGUCUUGAAAUUUGAAGAUAACAAGUGAUGGAUGGUUGUUGUGGUAAUGUGUUGAGUGUUGGGAAGAGAUGAGCCAUGAUGCAUGGAAAUCUUCCAUUUUACUUGAUGUCCUGCCCUGAAGAAAAAAAACAAUUAAUAUUUGUUUUAUGUAUUUAAAUGAGUAAUUGGGCAUCAUUCUUUUACUUCCUCAAUUUGAUAUUCGGAUGUCAUUUGAAAAAUUUUCAUGUCAUUUAAGGAUUCUCCUUCCUGGGUGGUGCUCUGUUAGUUCACAUUUGAUUUUUAUGAAAGUAUUAAAAUACUCUAUAUUCAUUACUUUCUUCCUCAUAGUGCAAAUUGUGACCUAGUAUUCCAUAUCUGUACCUUCAUCUUAAAUGACUGUAUAUAAAUUGUGAUAACCAAUAACCAUAGGUUGUAAGUAGGAGGAGACUACCUGCCCUUGUGUGAGGCGUAAAGGUGCGAGAACAAUUAUGGCAAGCCUCGGCUGAUGAAUGCAACGUUGUAAUGGAAAAGCAACUCUUCUUUUUGCAUCCCUACAACUGAGACAUUGUCUGAGUCCUGUGAUAAUCCUUUAAACUGAGACCGGGCAAACUUAUGUACCUGAGAGAGUGUAAUAGUACGAUAGCAGGAGCAUAGGUACUCUGUGGCCAGCUUAUUUUAUAAUACAAAUAUAUUUUCACUUAAUUUAAAAUAAUUUUAGUAUUUAUGUAUACAGUAUGUUUUAUUUUACAGUGAUUCAUAUAAAUAGGCAAACAGUCAGUUGGUAAAUAGUUGUUCUGUGAGUCACUGUGUUAAUUUAUUUUUUCCUGUAGAUUGCUGGGUUUUAUUAGAGAUAAAGCCAAUCUUUAAAAUACAUUUUUAUUCUUCUAAUAAACCAUAUUUAGUUUAAUAAAUUUGCAUAGCAAAUGUCAAUUUUGACAUUAAUUUGCAAUGUUCAUAUUGGCCACAGAAAAACCUGCUCCAUGUCUGCCAGCAAGAGUCCUUCCCUUAGGGGAUUUAAAAGAGGGAGACUAGUUAGUUAACUUCUUUUACAACUGCUAUUCAGGGACAGCAGUGGUUGGUAUCAGCUCUCACUAUUAUAUAUAUUUAGUGGAGGUUUCUUGGUAUUAAUCAUUGUCUUCAUUCCUCUAUUUUCCUUGGUGGCAAGGUCAAAAUUUGGGCCAUUGUUGGUACUUUUUUUUUUUAACAUGAAAUUAAGAAAAAAAAAUCAGUAUUGACUUGGGCUUUCUUUGGUGAAAUCCCAUACAUUAUUGUUAGGCAUUCCUCCAAAGGAAUAAACUUGGUUUUUCACUGAAUGAAUUAUUUUGCUCAUUUGUUUCCAAGUAUUAUAUUUUAAUCAACUUUCCUAAUAGGAGCUUAAAAUUGAGUACAUGUGCAGGGAUUAAUAAUUUGCAUAUGGACUUGCUCCUUUCCAUAUACUACUAGUCGUUCAUUGUUUUCACUGUAAUUCUUGUAUGUGCAAGAUGUAAAUUUUAAGAAUUAGAUAAAAUUGGAUCUCCAUUAGACCAUAAAUGUUAAAUAAAAGUGUAACCUGAGUAGAAGUAAUCAGUAGAUGCUAUUAACCUGAAAUCUUCCUAAGUGUAAGCAGUGCAAAGUUAGCUUUUUUAUACUUUUGUAUGUUGAACUUUUGUACAUAAAGUUUCCAUUCUUUUUAUUUCUGCUACUAACAGUGCUCAUGUACAUGAGUACCUGGAGUUGAACCAGCAGAAACACUGGCCUAGAAUGAUCUUGGCUGUAAAUAUUGUAUUAUUCAUAGAUUUUUUUGUAUGAAAUGUAUUAAAAAUUAAAAAAUA